AGUCCUGCCGGGGAUUACAUUUAGGGAGUGAAACUUCUGGAAUUUCAUCAGCUUGUGGAGAUUUGCCCACUCGAGAGGAAGAAAAGCUGAUUAUCAUCCCAACGCAGCCAGUGCUGUAGGCUGCCCUGUGCAUCUGUGGUUGAGCAUCAAGAAGAUUAAGAGGAUCAGCUCUAAUUAGGGAUGUCAGAUGUUGUUUGUAGUAGCUUUCUGGUGAAUGUUCAUUUCCUGAUAUCCAGUGAUGGGAAACCAAAGCAGCAGAAUCAGUGACCUGCUUGUACAUGCCCUCAACAACCUUACUCAGGGAGACUUCAAAAGAUUUAAAGACAAACUAUCAUACUCUGCCCUUAAGGGGAGAGGUAACAUCCCUCGAGAUUGUCUGGACAAUGCCAACAGGAUAGAUACUAAGAACCUCCUGAUGAAAUUCUAUGGUGGAGAGGCUGCAGUAGAUGUAACCAUAGAUGUUUUCACUCAGAUCAAUCUCCGAGAUUCUGCUGCUAAACUCAGAGAAGGAAAAGAGAAAGGUUACAGGAAGAAGUAUAAAGAAGAUGUUAAAAACAAGUAUGAAGUCAUACAAAAUAGGACAAGCCUUACUACUGACAGUGUGAUUCUAAACAGAAGAUAUCCGAAGCUGAUUAUUCUAGAUGACCCUCUUCAUGCAAAGGAGAGAGAACAUGAAAUAAUGGCCAUGAGUAGGAGAGACAAAGAAAUCAAGACUAAGCCAGCUUGGUCUGUAGUUACGAUGGACACCCUAUUUACAUGUGAUAAACAAGGACAAACACCACAAAUUGUUGUGCUGCUGGGAGCUGCAGGAAUUGGGAAAACGAUGACAACAAGAAAGAUCAUGUGUGAUUGGGCAGCUGGAGAACUCUAUAAGAAAAAAUUUGAUUAUGUUUUCUACAUAAACUGCAGAGAAAGAAACCUUACUGAGCAGGGAAGUGUGGUUGACAUGAUUUUAAAAAAUUGGCCUAAUACAAAUGCACCAGUUAAUGAGAUUUUGAUGAAGCCAGAAAAACUCUUAUUCAUAAUUGAUGGUUUUGAUGAACUGAGAUUCUCUUUUGAUCAGACAGAAAAUCUGUGCUCUGAUCCCUGGGAGAAGAAGCCAAUGGAAAUCAUACUGAGCAGUUUAUUCAGGAAAAUGAUUCUUCCCCAAUCCUACUUGCUGAUCACCUCAAGACCGACUGCUCUGGAGAAACUCUUGCAGUGUUUGGAAUGUUCACGUUAUGCAGAGAUCCUGGGCUUUUCUGAAGCUGACAGGAAAGAAUAUUUCCACAAGUUCUUUGGAAACAAGAAACAAGCAAGACAAGCGUUACAAUUUGUGAAAGAAAAUGACAUUCUCUUCACUAUGUGCUUUAUUCCCAUCAUGUGUUGGAUCAUCUGCACUGUUGUGAAACAACAGCUUGAAAAAGGUGAGGAUCUUGCACAAACUUCAAAGUCAGUCACUGGAGUGUACAUGCUCUACAUUUCCAGUUUAGUCAAGCCCCUCAGCAGCAAUUUGAAGCAACACAUGCAAGCUAACCUGAGGGGACUUUGUUCUUUAGCUGCUUAUGGCAUCUGGAAACGGAAGAUACUGUUUGAGGAAGCAGAGCUCAAGAAAUUUGGCUUAAAUCAAGCUGACUCUUUUCCCCUGUCUUCGAAUAAGAACAUUUUUCAAAAAGACAUUGACUGUGUGAAUGCCUACAGCUUCAUUCACUUAAGCUUUCAGGAGUUUUUUGCAGCUUUGUUUUAUGUGCUGGAGGAAGAUGAAGAAACAAUGGAAGAUUCAGAGACUCCCAAGAAAGAUAUGAAAACAUUAUUAGAAAACUAUGGAAACUCUAGAAAUUACUUAAUGUUAACAGUGCGAUUCCUGUUUGGUCUCUUAAAUGAAGAAAUAAUGCAAAUCAUGGAGGAAAAAUUUUCCUGUAAAAUUUCACCAAAAAUUAAGCCAGAUUUGCUGAAGUGGGUUCAAACAAACCAACAAAAAUAUUUACCUUUGUCCAAUGUGUAUCAGGAGACAUGUCGUAUUUAUAACCUUGAGGAGUUUCACUGCAUGUUUGAGAUGUAUGAAGAAAACUUUGUGAAAAGUGCAUUGGAUCAUGUCGUUGCACUAACGUUAGAUUCAAAUAAACUUACCCAAAUGGAUCAAAUGGCUUUUUCAUUCUGUGUAAAAAACUGUCAUAGACUGGAGUCACUUUGCAUAUCUUACUGUACAUUUGCUUUUGGAGACCAUGGGGAAGAUGUGCUUCCAAGACGACAGAAGUGGCUAUAUCAGAUACAGCACUGGAAUGAGCCGAAGCAUUCGCCUAUUUAUCUGCUCUGUCAAGUUUUGAAGGAUCCAAACUGUAAAUUAAAGAAACUAGAGCUUGUGAAUUGCUCUCUGACAGCCGCUUGUUGCAGGGAUCUCUCCUCUGUUCUCAAUACCAAAACAACCCUGACAGAAUUGGACCUGUCAGAUAAAGUCCUGGGAAACUCAGGAAUUAAACUGCUGUGUGAAGGACUGAAACAUCCAAACUGCAAAGUGCAGAAACUGAGAGUGCAAUAUUGCUGCAUUACAGGUGCUGCCUGUGGGGAUCUCACUGCUGUUCUCAGAACCAACCAGAGCCUGACAGAGCUGAACCUGAAUGGUAAUCCUCUGGGGGAUUCCGGAGUGCAGCGGCUGUGUGAGGGACUGAAACAUCCCAGCUGCAAAUUGCAAAGACUGUGGUUGGAAGACUGUCAUCUCAAAGACACUUGUGGUAGGGAUCUUGCUGCUGUUCUCAGAACCAAACAGAGCCUGACAGAGUUGGAGAUGUGUCGUAAUUAUGAUCUGAGAGAGACUGCAGUGCAACAGCUGUGUGAGGGACUGAAACAUCCAAACUGCAAAUUACAGAGAUUGAUUCUGAACCGCUGCAAGCUCACUGACGCUUGUUGUGGGGCUCUCUCUUCGGUUCUCAGCACCAGCCAGACCCUGACAGAGCUUGUCUUGGGGUAUAACGAAGUGGGAGAUCCAGGAGUGCAGCUGCUGUGUGAGGGACUGAAACAUCCCAACUGCAGACUGCAGAUAUUAAAUUUGUCUCUCUGUCAGCUCACAGCAGCUUGUUGUGGGGAUCUCGCCUCUGCUCUCAGCACUAACCAGACCCUGACAGAGCUAAAUAUAGGGGGCCACUCAUUGGGGGCUUCAGGAGUGCGGCUGCUGUGUGAGGGGCUGAAACAUCCAAACUGCAAACUGCAGAAACUAGGAUUGUGGAGUUAUGACAUCAUAGCCGAUCUUAAUGCGGGAGAUUCAAGAGCGAUGGUACUAUGUGGUGGCAUGACGUUUGUAGGCUGUGAUCUUCGGAACUUGUUAGUGAACUGUUUCGAUAUAAGCAAAGAGAAACAUCCAGAGCUGUACGCUGUGAAAAAGAUAAAACCUGAGCUAUACAUAUGGUAGGUCAGUGAUACUCAGACCUCAGUGGUUCAGGAGCCAAAUAUUUAGUUUGCACACACACACACACACACACACACCCCGCAAAUAAAUUAAUAACUUAGUGCAAGUUGAUAGCUUCAUUGAUUAAUAACAUAGUAAAAGCAUCCUGAUUGGUUAAUGACUUAAAUUGGUUAAUAAUUAAAUCAUCCAGUGUUUUAAUAUCACGUGCUGCAAAGAGCCACAGGAGACACAUAAAAGAGACAGUUGCAGCUCCUGAGCCACAGUCCAAGUAUCACUGUGGUAGGUUGAUCAGUGGGAGCCGUUGCACCAAGGUGUCUGGCUUGGCUGCCCUGCCACUCGUUAGGACAGCAGCUGGAGCAGGGGACCCAUGCCUCACCCCCAGUGACUCCAGCAGCUUAUUUCAGCAUCUGGGUGUUAAGAUAAGUUCCUGUCUGCAUCCUAAAAGACUUGCCCAUACCGGUAUUGCCCUGGCCUCUUCCUUUGU